GCUGGUGGGCGCAGGCAGUAGCUCGAUGUUACCAGAGUGAACAGGCAAUAGCAACGCAGCAGGCGGCAUCAACCAAGACCGACUCAAGUCAGAAAAAUACCGAAUCAGAAAGAGACUCUUUUAACAAGACAAGUGAUGGCGGUCAAUGUGUUCUCCAUCUCUUCGGCCGUAGAGAAUCUGAGUCGCCAUGAAAUGUUGACCUGGGUCAACGACUCACUACAGCUAUCUUACACCAAGAUAGAACAGCUAUGUUCAGGUGCAGCCUAUUGUCAGUUUAUGGACAUGUUGUUUCCGGGGAGUGUCCUGCUGAAGAAGGUCAAAUUCUCAGCCCGUCUGGAGCAUGAGUUUAUCAACAACUUCAAGGUUCUGCAGGCCUCCUUCAAAAGAAUGGGUGUGGACAAGAUCAUCCCUGUGGAACGGCUGGUGAAGGGGAGGUUUCAGGACAACUUUGAGUUCAUCCAGUGGUUUAAGAAGUUCUUUGAUGCCAACUAUGACGGGAAAGACUAUGAUCCUCUGGUCACACGACAGGGGCACGAGAGCACCCCCUCACCCAACCCAGGUCAUCUCAUUAUCCACCAACCCAAACGUCCCUCAUCCUCUUCCUCAUCUUCCUCCUCCUCCCGCACCCCAGGCCCCCAGAGGACAUCCCCCACAGCGAACAAGACAGUCCAUGCCCCUCCAAGGCUGAUUAACUCCGCCCCCAUCCGCAGAGCAACCCCCAGCAGAGCCAAUGGAGCAUCAGACGCUGAAAUGCUAGAACUGAACCAGCAGAUGUUGGACCUGAAGCUGACAGUCGAAGGGUUGGAGAAGGAAAGAGAUUUCUACUUCAGUAAGCUGAGAGACAUCGAGCUGAUCUGUCAGGAGAAUGAGACCGACACAGACCCUGUGCUCUCCAAGAUUAUGGAUGUACUAUACGCUACCGAGGGCGAGGUUGAUAAAGAGAAUACCUUCUCAGCCAACCUACCUGAUCACUAAAGAGAAAGGGUUUGCGGUGCCAGAAGAUGAAGACGUGGAGGAGACACAGAGGGACCAGGAUGAAUACUGAACCCUAACCCAUUACUCCAUUACCCCACACCUCUAUCUUCAUUACUCCAUUACCCCACACCUCUCUCUUCAUUACUCCAUUACCCCACACCUCUAUCUUCAUUACUCCAUUACCCCACACCUCUCUCUUCAUCACUCCAUUACCCCACACCUCUCUCUUCAUUACUCCAUUACCCCACACCUCUCUCUUCAUUACUCCAUUACCCCACACCUCUCUCUUCAUUACUCCGACACUGUGCACUUCACACUCCAUCUCUGUACACCUCUUUUCUCUAAACACUUCCCUCUCAAUCUCCCUAUUCUCGAUCUCUUCACACCUUCUGUCUCUCCACAUCUCCCUCCCCAGAACAUUGCUUCAAGAUUCUAAACUCCUGUCUGCCUUUUUUAACCCCCAAUUUAUCUUUUCUGUUGCUCACUCUCCACUCUCCGACCAAACUCCCCAGACAGGGGUUAGCAAGAUCUCAGGCUAACCCUAGCGGAAUGCAAGGCUAAACGCUAGCUCUGAACACUUCAUGUGUAUGGGAGGUGUAAGCUGGAUGCUAGGCUAACGACUACCUCUGUACAGUUAAUAUGUAUGGGAGGUGUUAGCAGGAUGCUAGGGUAAUGGCUAGUUCUGAACAGUUAAUGUGUAUAGGUGUUGGCAGAAUGCUUGCCUGACAGUUGGCUCAGAACAGACAAUGUGUAUGUGAGGUAUUAGCACUGGGCAUACAUCUAGAGCGCCCUCUGUUUAUAAAUAACUGUCACAUCAAAGUCAAGCAAGAACUCAAUCUCAGAACCCCCAACUAAAUUCUCUCAAGGUUCUCUCAGAUGGAGAAACUCAGUCCACAGACUUAACAGUCCAGUUUACAAUGCACUUGUCCUAUAGCAGUCCCUGCAUUCACAAUACGGACUCAUCACCAGCUGUCCUGUACCAUACUCAAGUCAGGAUGUUGUCACUUGUCAAGUCACUGGGCUGUCAGGGAAACAGUCUGUUUUAAGGAAGCUGUUGACCAGACUGCAUGAUGUUCCUGUGAUGUCUGUCUUUUUGAUUGGUUAUUUUCUGUUCCUUAAAAAGUCUGGAUUAGAGGAGGGAGAGGGGAGGUCCUUUUCGUAGCAAAACAAACCAGUCAGAAUAAUCCAAAAGCAGUUGUGGUUGACUGAAGCCAGCAGAAGCAGAGACAGUGGUCUCUUGGAGCAAAAUUACAGAACAUUCCGAUUGAACUAGAUUGUACUAGAACAGACAGAACUAUGUCAGACGUCUGUCAGUUGUAUGCAUGACAUUUUUAAACGCACUGUUCUGUAGUUUUUAAACUCUGAAUCCCCCUAGUUCUAUUUUUGUAUUGUAUUUGAACGCGAAGUAAGUUUGCGUUAGCAUCGAGUGACUAACGAGGCGAACAAUGUGAAUCUAUUUAUUACCAAAAGGUUUCUAUUAUUAAACUAAACGAAUGAACAAACACUACUUGUACACCGUAGAUACUAAUGGAUGAAUAUUGAGAAUUUAUUGUUAAUCGACUUGAAGUGUUUUUAGCUGCUGUUUUUGAUUUGGAGUUUCUUACUGUUGUUAACAUGUUGCACUGCGUUAAAACGCCACCGUUGCUGCCAUGGUUACGGGGGCUCAUCCCCCUGUUGUCAGGGGAGCGCUGUGAUGGACAUUCAUUACUGAGGCUGAAUAAAGAGAUGUGUUCACAACCAGAACGGACAGGU